AUGUAUAGGAUUAACGUGUACUGCUUGAAGUAUUCACUAGCACGGCACUAUGGAUAUGACGAUCAUGCUCGAAGAUUUUGGGGGUCCGAAACCGGCUCUACAUCUAAUCUGGUUUGGAAGUUCUCAACCCAUACUGACGUUCACUGCGUAGCCGCUCCACUACAUUCAGCACCCAACCUGUUGAUUGCUAAAGGAGGGCAACUACGGGCAGUAGCAGGUGAAAGUAGUGUCAGAGCCCACGGAUAUAUCCAUCAUACGCGCAAACCCACCAAGGGAAGAAGAGUGUUGGCGCCCUUCAUCAUCUCAGCUCUCGUAACGACCUCUUAUUUCAUUCUGUCGCCAUUCCUGAAUCAUGUUUCACAAACGUUGAAAACAUCUUAUAUCGAAAGAUGCCAUUUAGUUAAGCUCCCAAAUAUCAGUCGGCCAUAUCUGAGCUCCAUGUUCUGUGGCCUACCGUUGCCUACGAGUGAGAGUACGGUCAUGGCAAGGUGUUUUGAAUUGCAAUGGCUAACGUACUUUCUGCAUUUUGAACAUUCACCAUCGCAUUCGCCUGGAGUUCCCGCUCAUCUUUCAUAA